AAAUAUCGUGUUCAGUUUCGACCAGUUCCAAAACCCACCUCACCAAUUUUCUCACUCGAGAAUUUUCCCGGAAAAUUUAACCCUCUUCCAUUUCCCAUCCAAACAAAAACACAUCAAUUCUUUCUAAUUCUUGCACAAUCCAAACGAGAGAAAUUAAAAAUCAUGGCUUCUUUGAGAUCUUCUUCUUCCUUCUGGUGCUACCGAUGCAACCGCGUCGUUAGGGUUUCCCUCGUCGCAGAACCGCAGCGAGAUCCUACCAUUCUCUGCCCCGAUUGUCACUCCGGUUUUCUCGAAGAGGUACAAACGCCUCCCCAGUCGCGCCGAUCCACACGCGCCGGCUCGCCCUUCAAUCCCGUGAUCGUGCUGCGCGGUGGGAACGGAAACGAAAACGCAAGCGCCAACGAAAGCGAAAAUGACGUCGCCUCGGGGAACUUCGAGCUUUACUACAACGACGGCGUUUCGGGUCCGGGCCCCAGCGGUCUGCGCCCUUUGCCCGCGGGCGUGACCGACUUCCUCAUGGGCUCGUCGGGCUUCGAUCACUUGCUGGAUCAGCUGGACGGCACCACCGUACGCCUUGACCGGGCAGCGUCGAAGGCGGCGAUCGAGUCGAUGCCGGUGGUGAAGAUCCUGGCCAGCCACGCGCACGCGGAGUCCCACUGCGCGGUGUGCAUGGAAAACUUUCAAGUGGAUUGCGACGCACGUGAGAUGCCGUGCGGGCACGUGUAUCACUCGGAGUGCAUCGUGCCGUGGCUGUCUGUGCGGAACUCGUGCCCCGUAUGCCGCCGCGUGGUUCCUUCAGAUGAAGUUGAUGAUAACAAUACGAUGGGGUUAACCAUAUGGAGACUCCCUGGGGGAGGAUUCGCUGUGGGCAGGCUCAUCGGUGGUAGAGAACUGCCCCUCGUGUACACGGAAAUGGACGGCGCGUUUAACGCCUCUAACGGCGUUCCCAGGAGAGUCUCCUGGGAUUCUUCUAUUGGUAGGUCUAGGGAGAGUAGGGGCUUUGCUUCUGCUUUUCGGAAUCUCGUUUCCUAUUUCGGAAGAGUUAGAAGUUCCUUUUCUCGUGGAACGAGAAACUCUCGUCUCAAUGGAAGAUCACGCUCUGCCACAACCAUUUUUUCUAGGUUCAGGAGUCGAUCAAGAUUUUAAAAGAGUACGUUUCGACCAGUGUCAAGAUUUUUUCAGUCAUCGUGACACAAUUGUUGCCCUAUUCGCCGCAUUUAUUUGCAAUUUCGGUUUUCCUAAUGUUUUUUUAGUUUGUUUAAGUAUUCGUUGAAUUUAGGGGAAUUUUAAUUGUUUGUAAUGUUUCUAGUCUGUUUAUUGAUUCUGAUACUGUAAAUAACUAAAACUGAUAAAUGGUUUAUGCAAUUGCUGAAGGGUGGUUUUGAAUUAGCUCAGAGUUUUGGAUAAAGAUCGGAUUGUCUACAUUUUAGUUAUGUAUUUUAAAUUUGAUUUAUGGGGUUGAAUAUGAUUUUUCUGAUCUUCAUUUAACUGUUACAAUUAGUUCACUGUAUGAAUGUGUUGAACUCACGACUAUGGGGGAAUUGAGUUCAGGGCUUCGCUUGUUUGUCUGUGGUUGUGACUAGGUGUAGUUAGGAAGGAAGAAAGGAAGUUUAGAUGUCAUGUUGGGGUGGAAACAUGAGGGGGAAGAGGAUCUAGUGUAACUGUUGUUGUAGCUCUUUGUCUUUUGGUUUUGAAUAAUUUCAUUGGUUUUGUAGUUAAGUCAUCAAUGCUUGAGUUAUGGUGUUUUAUUUUUGUUUGAAAUGUGGUUCUGUUGGGUUAUGGGAAAUUAUGACUUCUAUUGUUGAUGUAAUAUGCUCUGUUUCUUUGUCUACCGCAACUUUGGUUUCUUAGGCUCAUGUUAGGUGGUGCUUAAUAUUUGUGGGUCUACUUUAGUGGCGUUGUCGCUUUCAAACUUCAUUUUCCAUGUGAUUGGUUUGGGUAGAUAAACGUUUCACACUUUAUUGAUAAAUGAUACCAAAUAGCAGUAAAAGGAUGUGCUAAGGAACAUAGAUCACCACUUCAAGUACGUACUCCACCUCUUUUCGUGUUGUCUGAUACUAAUUUAGAAGAAUUAGGACCUUAUGAAUAAAUUGUCCAUCUGGUCAUUUGCAACAUUUAUCUGGAAUAAUUUCCAAGUAUACUUUUCAUAGGUAUUUUUCUCUUGCAGCCUGUCCCUGUCGAUAAUUUGAAGGUGUUGUGAUAUGUCCCUUUACUUUAUUUAGAAGAUCGAAGGAAUUUUAAGAUACUAACAAAAAAAUAAUGUGGAAUUCUCUGGUGAUAUCUGAAACUUACCAUAAACCUUGAUGAUCGUUUUCUGUGUUUUUCUAUUUGCCUUUUAUUUUUCGUUACUAAAUGCCAGCACGCCUCUAUAUCUUACGUGAUGCCUGGGGAAGUUUCAUUGUGCCUGUGACUUUCUGUUGUUAAUUUUUAGUUUAUUUUCAACUUUAAGCAUAUAGCUGCCUCAAGCUUUUGAGUUUACGCGUGAUUCAAAGAAAACAUUUUUGUUUUUAUGACUUUAUAAUGCAAUCCUAUUUUGUUAAGAUGAUUGGAAUCGGUAGUAUAUUCACUCUACUGAUUGAUGUCAAGUGAAAUUUGGGCAUUAUUGCUUGAUUUUAUGUUAUGGCUUGUCGAUUAUAUAUUUUAUUUGCCAGCAUGCCUCUAUUGUAUCUCAUGUCAUGUGGUGCAUGAGGAGGUUUCGUUUUUCCUCUGGCUUUCUGUUACGAGGAAGUUGUUUCAACUUUAAGCAUAUGAUUGCCCCAAUUUUCUUUAGUUUAUGCAUGAUUCAAGGAAAAUUUGUGCCUUAUUUAUGCCUUUUAAUUUUUUUUUGUUAAAAUGACUGGAAUUUGUUGAUUCCCUCUAUUGCUUGAUGACAUCUGAAAAUUUGGGGGUUGUAUUUACAUUUUUGCUGCGGCUACUCUGUCAAUCAUUAAUGCUAUGAAUGAUUGAUGUCGCCAUUUGGAGAGAAUCGCUUUCUCCUCUUUUACAUUCUCCAAGGAUAUUAAGUUAGUCACAUGUAGUUGACUGUGCUUUAAAUUUCGCAGAAAAAGUUUUGAUGAGUGAAUCAAGUUUUAUAAUACCAAUAUAGGUUGCUUGGUUCAUUGAACAUGGUUAGGAAGAUUCUACAGUGAACAUCAAUAUCUUUGGAAAAAAAAGUUUGACCUAUGCCUAUGUUUAUUAGGGUUGAAUGAUCUAUCCUACCUUUCAAUACACGGGCAUUUCCUCUUAGAAGUAAGGUUGACAACCAUAAACUUGUGAGUAAAAUGCUGGUUGUCAUUGGUGCUUCUGUGUGCGAUGGUACAACUUGAAAGAAGAUACCCAUGUUGUCUAGAUUAUCUUUCUUCUUCAUUGAAAACUUGUGUUUGUUGCUAGGUGAUUUUGAUUGGCUAUUUCUAAAGUUGGCAUCAUCUGGUAUCUAUGAUUCUAAAUUGUUUUUAUGCAGUUGAGCAUGUAGUAUUUGGAUUUGGUUAUUGUUUUAUUAGAGGUGGCCAUGAGAUAUUGUUGUCAGACAAGCUCUUGGUCCCCUGCUAUAGUUGAACCUAAUUGUUCUCUUUGCUUUGUUGUUGCAUGCAAUUUCAUUAUUUCACCGCUUUUAAAAAGUUCUCUGGAUGUGUUUUAGUAAGAAUCAUAAAUGUAAGAAGUGAGUAUAAUUGAAUAAUACUUCCUUUUGAUGAA